AUGGGCUCCUAUACGGAUUCAAGAUGGCGCCGCCGAGACGGGCGCCCGAGAGACGCGAGCCUCAUCCAAGAUGGCGGCCGGGCGGCCCUGAGUCAAGAUGGCGGCCGGCGGGGCGCGGCGCCCUCAAGCAAAAUGGCGGCCAGCGAGAAGCGGCGGCCCUCGCCCGCGGCGGCGGGAAGCGAGCAGCCUCGGGCGGGCCCGGCGACCGGCCCCGAGGCCGAGGCGGAGUUCCUGCGGCAGGCCGGCGUGACCGACAUGGUCCGCGAGGCGCUGCUGAAGGUGCUCGAGGCUAGGCCGGAGGAGCCGGUGGCUUUCCUAGCCGGCUACUUCGAGAAGCUGGCGCAGAGCAGCGGCGAGGCGGACGAGGCCGCGACGGACGGCGGCGACCCGCAGCGGCAGCUCCGGCUGCGCCUCGCCCGGGCCUCGUGGUACUUGGGCCUAGCCCACCACUCCCACAGGACGGCCUUCAACAACAAUGUCAGCAUGGCGUAUGACACCCUGGCCGCCGCCGGGAGGCGCAAGAAACCGGGUGUCACCGGAAAGCUGUAUGGCGACCUGCUGAGGCUGUUGUGCCGAGAGAGGGGCGCCCCCGACACAAUCGCGCUCCCCCUGCUGCAAAAGGUGGCGUGCCGGGAGCACGAGGCCGUGCCGUUCGACGUCUUCCGCCACGGGGCCCUCACCUGCUUGGUCCUGCUGGAGUUUUUGGCCAAGGCAAGCACCCUGUACGACGCGCUGGGCGGCGGGGCGGCGGAUAAACGGAUCUGCUCGGCGGUCCUGGGCACCCUGGAGGACGCCCUGCGCGCCACCGAUGUCUCUGUUCCCAUCCGUUACUUGGAGACCGGGUCCAAGCUCGGGCCGGACUGCUUGGCUUUGGCCAUGGACAAGGCGCUGAGCGAGAGGAAGGCCAGCGAAGGCCUGCAGAAGGAAGAGUUCCUGCAGAGGGCCUCGGCCAUCUUCAUCGCGAAAAUGAAACCCGUCAACUGACCCUGAGCGCCGGGCAAGCGCUUGGAUUCUCGGCCUUCCCGAUCGGCGAAUGGGGACAUGGAAUGAGGGCGGCUGCUUCGUGCUUCCCGGGUGUGGGGAUCCGUGGGCCAGAACGGGUCGACUUCCCCUGUCGUUUUCUGUUGCUCUACUCCCGUGCAAGCGACGCCAAGCUGCUGGAGUUGGCCGGACUGUGUCUCUUUCUGUCGAUUAUUACGGCAAAGGUUGGGUGGGUUUGAAGGAUUAAGGAAGUAUUUAAAUUUGUUUUUAACUGUGAA